AUGCCUCGUUUCACCGUCCACAUCCGAGAUGAGUGGCUGGCAGUGCCCUGUCGCGAUACCACCAACACCAUCCAGUGGCUCGGAUACGAGGCUCUCAAACGCUACGUGAAGAACAAACCGGACAACGGGGGCAUCCCAGCUGUGAAGGAUAUACGUUUUGUUGUGCGAAGGUGCCAGGGUUUGGGUUUGUUGGACGCGGAUGACUCCAUCGACGAUGUUCUGGAGGAUAAUGACUUUGUCGAGCUUGCUAUUGAAGGGGAUACCAUGUCUCCAGACUUUAUCCCCUGUCAGCCUGGAGUUUCUCAUCUUACAGCAGCUUAUAAAGAACCUGAGGAAUAUCUUUAUUUGGAUGGCAAAAGCCUGACAACGACAGAUCUGGUCAAUCUUGGUAGAGGACUCUACAAGAUAAAGCUGACUCCAGCAGCAGAAACCAAAGUUGUGCAAUCCAGAGAGCUUUUGGACACCAUCGUCAAAGAAAACAAAGUUGUCUAUGGAAUCACAACAGGUUUUGGCAAAUUUGCUCGGACUGUCAUUCCUGUCAGCAAACUGAAGGAGCUGCAGGAAAACCUGGUGCGGUCACAUUCAGCAGGUGUAGGAAAUCCGCUAAGCCCAGAGAGAACCCGCAUGCUGCUGGCGCUUAGGAUCAAUGUUCUGGCCAAAGGGCAUAGUGGAAUUUCUCUGGAAACCCUGCAUGCCAUGAUACAGGCCUUCAACGCGUCCUGCCUCUCCUUUGUCCCAGAAAAGGGGACAGUUGGUGCUAGCGGAGACCUGGCGCCCCUCUCUCACCUUGCCUUGGGGCUGAUGGGGGAGGGUAAAAUGUGGUCGCCCAAAAGUGGAUGGGCAGAUGCCAAAUAUGUCCUGGAGGCACAUGGACUGAAGCCUAUAUCGCUGAGGCCAAAAGAGGGUCUUGCUCUGAUCAACGGGACCCAGAUGAUCACCUCUCUGGGGGCGGAGGCUGUGGAGCGAGCCCAGGCGAUUGCCAGGCAGGCAGAUAUCAUCGCUGCUCUGACGCUGGAGGUGCUGAAGGGAACCACCAAGGCCUUUGACAGUGACAUUCACUCACUAAGGCCUCACCCGGGACAGAUCGAAGUAGCCUUGCGCUUCCGCUCACUACUGGACUCUGAUCACCACCCCUCCGAGAUAGCAGAAAGCCACCGGUUCUGCGACAGAGUCCAGGAUGCCUACACCAUGCGCUGCUGUCCUCAGGUCCACGGUGUUGCCAAUGACACAAUAAAAUUUGUCCAGAAUAUUAUCAAUACAGAAAUCAACAGUGCGACUGACAACCCUAUGGUGUUUGCUGAGAGAGGAGAGACCAUUUCAGGAGGAAAUUUCCAUGGCGAAUACCCAGCUAAGGCUCUGGACUACUUAGCCAUUGGAGUCCAUGAGCUGGCCUCUAUUAGUGAGAGAAGGAUCGAGAGGCUGUGUAACCCCUCUCUGAGUGAGCUGCCUGCCUUCCUUGUCAGUGAAGGAGGACUCAACUCAGGCUUCAUGAUUGCUCACUGCACUGCUGCUUCCUUGGUUUCAGAGAGUAAAGUUCUGUGCCAUCCAUCGUCUGUGGACUCCCUGUCCACCAGUGCUGCCACAGAGGACCAUGUGUCCAUGGGAGGCUGGGCUGCGAGGAAGGCCCUGAGGGUGGUGGAGCACGUGGAGCAAGUUCUUGCUAUAGAGCUGCUGGCUGCCUGCCAGGGCAUUGAGUUCCUCCGCCCACUUCGUACCACCACACCAUUGGAGAGGGUCUACGACCUUGUGCGCAGUGUGGUCAAGCCAUGGAUUAAAGAUAGAUUCAUGUCUCCUGACAUCGAGGCUGUUCACCGUCUCCUGCUUGACCAAAAGGUGUGGAAUGUUGCCAAGCCUUACAUUGAGAAGUAUCAGACAGAGUACAUCCCCGAGUCCCGUCCUGUUUCUCCUACGGCCUUCUCUCUGGAAUCCCCGGCAUCACCAAGGAAGCGUGUCCGUCAUGAGUGAAUCCAUACUCUUCUUCAAAAAUGUUUUCUUCAGGACCACUACAACAACCACAACAACAACAAAAAGUAAUUUAUUAAGACUUUCAUUAGGAAAUGACAACUCACUAAUCAGUUCUGGUAAAGCAUGCCAUGAUAUUUGGACCCUCAUGGAGAGAAACUAAAUUUAAACACUGAUCUGUUUUAUUCAAGUUUUCAACCACAAGACAACAUGCGUAACUGCUGUAUUUAUCUACACUUUUUUUGGCCCUAAAGUGUGCCAACUUUGGUUUUUAAGUCUUUAUUACUACCUCAGCCACUGUACUAUUCUAAUAUAAAAUCCGUGUUGAUGAUACCGCACAACUAUCACUCUUAUGAUAUGCACUCUGGUGUAAUUGUGUGAAAUCAUUUACA